GACCUACAUAUACGUCAUCAUCAACGCCUCUCACGCACAUGUCAAGUUUAUCUUCUUUAUUUACUAACAAACACGUCAGUAUAGAAUAUCAGCUGGCAUACAGAGACAUGCCUUCAGUAGAUAAAGAAAGAGGAAAUUUCUUCUUUUUCUUUCAAGACUCUAAGUGAGGAGCAAGGAUGUUGGACGCCACUCAUUAAUUCACAUGACCUAAUAUUGUAGCGAUGAGGAUAGGAUACAGCUUAAAAUGCAUAACAUGGGUAUCAUUAGAACAAGAUGUAGAUACUGGUCAUUCUGAUAUGAUUCAUGAUGCUCAAAUGGAUUAUAAUGGUCUUCGCCUUGCUACCUGUUCUUCAGACAAAAAUGUAAAAAUUUUCAAUGUGCGAAAUGGUCUUUACAACCUUGUUACAACAUUGAAAGGUCAUGAAGGUCCAGUGUGGCAAGUUGCUUGGUCUCAUCCUCUGUUUGGUCCUGUUCUAGCAUCUUGUUCUUAUGAUAGAAAAGUUAUAAUAUGGAAAGAAAUAGAUGAAGUAUGGAAGAAUGUUUAUGAAUAUAAUGAACAUGAUUCCUCUGUGAAUUCUAUAUCAUGGGCUCCUUGUGAUUAUGGUCUUAUUUUGGCUUGUGGAUCAUCUGAUGGAUCAAUUUCAAUUUUGAGUAGCACUGGAGAAGGAGAUUGGGAAGUCAAGAGAAUUCAUAAUGCACAUACUAUUGGCUGCAAUGCAGUGAGCUGGGGUCCUAUAAAUGCUCAAAUAGCUUAUGCCACUACUUCUGAUUGUUUAGAAUCUACAACUUAUCCAUCAACUGCUGAUUCUGUUAAAAGAUUUGUGACUGGUGGCUGUGACAACCUUGUCAAGAUUUGGAAAUACUGCAAACAGGAUCAGUGGUCUGAAGAGGAGAAACUAGAAGCUCACUCUAAUUGGGUUAGGGAUGUAGUAUGGGCACCAUCUGUUAAUUUAGGCCAAAGUGUAAUAGCAAGCUGUUCUCAGGACAAAAGAGUAAUAAUAUGGACAAAAACCAACGAGACACCAUGGAUUCCAAAAACCUUGCAUACUUUUGAUGAUGUAAUAUGGCAUGUUAGUUUUUCUGUUACUGGCAGCAUUUUGGCUGUUUCAGGAGGAGACAAUAAAGUUAGUCUUUGGAAAGUAAUAAAUGGCCAACGUUGGGUUCACCUCAAUGAUGUCAAUCAAGGGCAGAUUGACCAGGAGUAAUAUAUUUUCCAUAUUAAAAGAAUUAUCAACAUAUAAAAUUGCUCAACUUUUUAUAAUUAAUACUAAUACAUACAGCUAUUUUUCAAUAAAGUGUUUUUAUUCAAA